AUGUGUUGCCAGUGUCAGAAACUCGUGAAGGAGUUGUCCAAACGUCAUGUGAAAAAGAUCACUGAUGGUGAGGAGGACAAUGUUGUUGUUCCAGCUGAUGAUAAGGAGGACACGGUAUAUGGUGAUCUUGUUGUUGUUCCAGCUGAUGAUAAUAAGGACGCUGUAUAUGAUGGUCUUGUUGAUGCUGCAGCUGAUAAUGAUGAGGACACUGACACUGUAUAUGAAGAUCUUGUUGUUGCUCCAGCUGAUGAUGAUGAGGAUACUGUAUAUGAAGAUCUUGUUGUUGCUCCAGCUGAUGAUGAUGAUGAGGACACUGUAUAUGAAGAUCUUGUUGUUGCUCCAGCUGAUGAUGAUGAGGAUACUGUAUAUGAUGAUCUUGUUGUUGCUGCAGCUGAUGAUGAUGAGGACGCUGUAUAUGAUUAUCUUGUUGUUGCUCCAGCUGAUGAUGAUGAGGACGCUGUAUAUGAUUAUCUUGUUGUUACUCCAGCCGGUGAGGAGGAGGACACGGUAUAUGAUUAUCUUGAUGUUGCUCCAGCUGAUGAUGAUGAGGACGCUGUAUAUGAUUAUCUUGUUGUUGCUCCAGCUGAUGUUGAUGAGGACGCUGUAUAUGAUUAUCUUGAUGUUGCUCCAGCCGGUGAGGAGGGGAACACGGUAUAUGAUGAUCCUGUUGUUGUUGCUCCAGCUGAUGAUGAUGAGGACACUGUGUAUGAUGAUCUUGUUGUUGCUCAAGCUGAUGAUAAUAAUGACACUGUUGUUGCUUCAGCCGCUGCUGAUGAUGAUGACAAUGUUGUUGCUCCAGCUGAUGAUGAUAAGAACACUGUAUAG